AUGGCGGAAGACAAGACCCAGACCAGCCACCGAACUGGAGAUUCCGAACCAGGCAAUGGCAAGAAGCAAAUCCUACUAAACGCAUUCGAUAUGUCUACCAUCGGCCACCUGUCUCCAGGACAGUGGAAGAACCCAAAAGACAAAUCAGCUACAAAACGAAACCUAGAGUACUGGAUCGAGCUUGCAAAGCUCCUGGAGCGGGGAAACAUCAAUGCACUAUUCCUCGCCGAUACGUAUGGAGGAUAUGAUACCUACGAGGGCUCUCUUGACAACUGCAUCAGGAGAGCGGCUCAGUGGCCCAUGACAGACCCAACGAUACCCAUAUCGGCGAUGGCGGCAGUGACAAAGAAUCUAGCCUUUGGUAUCACGGCUUCCACAUCCUUUGAGCCGCCGUUCCUAUUGGCCAAGCGCUUCUCGACCCUGGACCACUUGACUCGUGGCCGAAUAGGCUGGAACAUCGUGACGGGGUGGAAGAAGGCUGCGUUCAAGGCGAUUGGAAUCGACAGUCCUAUUGACCACGACGAGAGAUACCGCCAGGCAGACGAGUACCUGCGUGUUCUCUACAAGCUAUGGGAAGGGUCUUGGGCCAACGAUGCCAUCAACCCAGAUGCUGAAAACGACAGCUACGCAGACCCAGAUAAGAUCAGGACCAUCCACCACCACGGGAAAUACUUCAACCUCGACACGAGGCACAUUGUCGACCCUUCGCCGCAGAGGACGCCAUUCCUCUUCCAGGCAGGGACAUCACCCGCCGGCUCGUCCUUUGCCGCGACGCACGCCGAGGCCAUCUUCGUCAGCUCGCACUCCGCCAAGGUGCUGCGACCCAAGGUGCAAAAGAUCCGGGACCUGGCCGCCGAGCAAGGGCGAGACCCGCAGUCGAUCAAGUUCUUUGCAACCUUCACGCCGAUCGUGGGCAGGACGGACGAGGAGGCGCGGCAGAAGCACGAGGAGCUGAAGAAGUACGCGUCCGUGGUCGGCGGGCUGGUUCUCUUCAGCGGCUGGACGGGCAUCGACAUCUCCAAGAUCCCGCUGGACCAGGAGAUCACCGGGGCGGACUCGCUCGAGGCGCACAAGGUGCGCAGCCUCCUGGAGACGCUCACGACGCCGAGCGAGGAGGUGCCGCGGUGGACGCCGCGGAUCGUGGCGGAGAAGGCGUGUAUCGGCGGGCUGGGGCCUGUGUCGAUCGGGAGCCCACAGACGGUGGCGGAUGAUAUGGAGGCGUGGCUGCGGGACGCAGAUGUGGACGGGUUUAAUAUUGGCUAUGUGACGACCCCGGGCACGUUUGAGGAGGUUGUGGAUUUGUUAAUUCCUGAGCUGCGGCGGCGUGGGCUGUAUGCUGCUGCUGCUGCUGCUGCUGCUGGGUCGGGCGACGAGGAGCCGCUCACUGCCCGGGAGAAGAUCUACGGCAAGGGCCAGAAGGGGCUACGAAGUGACCAUACUGGAAGCAGGUAUAAGUACGACGUGUAUCCAGAGGAAGAAGAGAAGUCCGAGGAGGUUCCAGAGGCCGUGGUAUGA